ACUUCCGGUUGCUAGCAUGCUGCUCGUAGCCGUUUACAGAUGAAAGAAUGGGGAAAGAUUAUUUUAGAUGUAUUGAAUGUAGCGAAAAAGCAGCGGAGCUCCACAGGGAUUACAGUAACGGGAUCCUGAAGAUAACAAUAUGUGAGUCCUGCCAAAAGCCAGUGGACAAGUAUAUUGAAUAUGACCCUGUCAUCAUCCUCAUCGAUGCCAUUUUGUGCAAGACCCAGGCUUUCAGGCACAUUUUGUUCAACACAAGACUGAAUAUCCACUGGAAGCUGUGUGUGUUUUGCCUGCUGUGUGAGGCCUACCUGAGGUGGUCCAUGCUCCAUGGCUCUGAGCAGAGCACUGACCCGGCUGAUAUAAUCAGAUACACUAAAGAAUGGGAGUUCUACGGCAUGUUUGGAUUGGCUGCACUUGAGCUGUCAGCUUUCUGCGGUGGCGUGCUGUGCUUCCUUUGGGUGGCGGUCUGCUGGCUGCAAGGUGGGACCGUGGAGCUCAGCCUGCUCCUUAGAGCGCUGCUGUUGUCCUGCUACGGCAAAGUCCUCCUCAUCCCCGCUGUCAUCUGGGAGCAUGACUACUCCCCGCUCUGUUUGGGCCUCAUCAAACUGUUUGUGCUCACCUCAAACUCCCAGGCGAUCAGAGUGAUCCUGAAUAGCAGCAGACGUCUGUCACUGAUGGCUGUUUGUGUAGGCCUGCUGUCGGAGACCUGCGUGGGUCAGGCCUGCAAGAAGCUUCAGUGGAGCAUCCAGGAGAUGUUGACAUUUUAAUGAGUGGCGUCAGAUGGAAGUGGCACCCAUCUCAGGGAGGAAUGAGUGACCAACCUCGUGGACUUUCUUCACAUGGAAUUCAAGAAGGGGAAUAUUUUAAGUUGAAUUCUACGAAUUACUUGUAAUAUUUUUGUUUUUGUCGGCUGUUAAUGCCGGCCGUAUGUUUUCUGUUUAUUUAAAGGCGUGAAACAUGUCUCUUCCUGUAUGGCAGAAGCCUGACUGAUACUGCAUGUCAAAAAAGGCCAGAGUAAAAGCUCUAUGCUGAGGCUACGUGCUGAGUUUAUGUGACACAUAGUGAGAGACUGAAAAUUUGUGCUCUCCACAGAAGAAAAGACACGUCUUCAUACUAGAAGGAUGUUUCACUUUGCGUUUAAUGUGGAUAAACUGGGGCACAUUGUCAUGUGGAUGUUUCCCAAUCCAAGCUCCUGUUAAGCAUGUUCCACACCACUCACGAGGAAUGACACACACACACACACACACACACACACACACACCCACACACACACACACACACACACACACACACACACACACACACACACACACACACACACACAGACCCUGAGGUUGUAAUUUGACAACAGCUACUUCUCUGUUCGGAUAUGCAGCAAGCCUCACAUUCCUUUGCUAAUUGGAGAGAAGCUUAUCGAAAUUAACCUAAACACACAUGUGGGAUCGUAAAUGAACAGGGUGUGAGAUGAAACAGAAAUAAGAAGAUUUUCAUGACUUUCCAGGUAUUUAUUGCAAUGUUACUGAUAUGAGAAGAACUUCUGAUGUGGACGUUCCAACCAGGAAGCAGUUAUUAGGAUUGAAAAUAGUUAUUUUUUGUCAUCAAUAUUGUUUUUUUAAUAAUAAUAGUGAAAAUGCCUUUCAUGUGUUCAGAGCCUAAAGUGACAUCUUGAGUAUGUUUGAGUUGUCUGAUCAACACUCCUACAACCCCAAAUAAUCUUUUAAAAACUAUACCAGAAACAAAUCGUUUGUGUUUCCCUCUCAUUUUCUAGACUUUUGUGAAGGCAAAGCCAGUGAAGUAACGUGCAAUGUGAAAUCCGCAAAGACUCCAGGGAUUUGCUCACAUCACAUGUGCGAUGUUAAAUGAUGAUAAAAACAUGUUGACCAGCUGCAGUGAGCACACGCUGCAAAACCUCCACCUACUGUCCUUGGAAUGUGUCUGGAAACAAAAACACACUCACAUUCCAGACACACUGUGUGUUUUAUUGAUGUUCAAUCAUUAAAACACACACUGAAAUCAGACCGAGCACCUGUGGAAUGAGGGGAAUUUAAUUACAGUGCUUACCUGCAGUACAUAAAGGAGUGGCUGAUCCUGGAAAAGUACUCGGGAGUCAUUCUUUACAAAAACAUGUGCGAGUGCGUGAUGAACGACGUCUCCUUGUCAGAGUCACAGAUAAUGUGACAGGUCUUCAAUGAUUUUAGGGCUAAAUUUACAAAGCUUGAUCAUAUAUGAGUGCAAUUCCUACAAACAAAUCAUGUAUUUUGUUUAAUAACUGCAAAAUUGUGGGGGUUUUUUUCUGCCUUUCUGUUUGUGUUUCUUUACGAAAAAAGGAGACACCAUAAAAUCUGAACUCUGCUGUAGAAAUUGUAGACUGUAAAAAAAUACAUAAAUAAAUACAU